AUCGCCCCCUGCCCAUCCAGACAGCCCGAAUAGUGGACCAUCAGUCCUUCGCUUUAGGCUACCAAAAAAAUCGAGGCAGUGCCCUGAGUGGAUUCAAGUGGAGUAUUUCCGUGCCGCCCAUGACGUUGAGGUGGAUCGAUAGUGGCUGGCGAUUUUCCAGACUGCUGGGUACAUACGAUGAUCUCGACCGUCUGGCGCUCAGGGUUCGGUCCCAAAAAAAGACUCUGCGACUCUGCCAAGUUUGCAACCCCUGAUCCUAUGAAGAUCACUGGUCCAUCGCGGUAGCUACAGAGCCAGCGACGUCGAGGGGGUCUCUUCAGUCAACCCGUCUCCUGUCCCCACGUCAUCCAACAACCUGGCUCGAGCGUGGUUCAUCGGAUGUUAGACAUUUUUCUCUCCUCUCGUCUGACCGUGGUCUCUGUCUGAUAGAAGCAUCACCGCUGGCUUCGUCCAUGGCAAAGCUCCCUCAAUUUCGCAAGGCGGCUCCGCGGCCGAUGGCCGGACGACGAAGGUCGACAGUGGUGUGGCAUCGGCUGAUCCGGUCGCUUCUCUACCUCAUCACUUGGAUAUUCUUACUGCUGGUGCUCAUCGGAAAUCUAUCGAACAAGCCGGUGCUUCGCGAUACGUACUUCCUCAAGAUUGAUCUGUCCGAUAUCAUUCCGCUCUCUGUGCCCAAUGCCGUCCUGAUCAACUCGAUUGCACGCUCCAUCGGUCUACAUGAUUUCUACCAGGUGGGCUUAUGGGGGUUUUGCGAGGGCUACGAUGACACGGGCAUCACAGACUGCUCUAAGCCGAAAGCCCUUUAUGCGUUCAAUCCGGUCAAGAUUCUGCUCAGCGAGCUGCUCGCCGGAGCCACCAUUGCCCUGCCAGCUGAGAUCACUAGUGCGCUGAAGAUUGCUCGCAUUGCCUCCGAGUGGAUGUUUGGCCUCUUCAUAACAGCAACCCUGUUGUCCUUCGUACUCAUCUUCCUAUCGCCCUUUGCCGUCUCCGCGCGUCCACCACAGACACUCUCUUCUGAUCCUCAAGUGAACCAAGCCCAGCAUAUCCACCACCGCCAUACAUUUGUGUUGCUCCGGUCCCUUCCCUUCACCAUCAUUACCUUUCUCGUCGCCCUGUUCACCGUCGCCGCCUCCAUCGUCGCAACCGUCAUGUUCGUUCUCUUCCGCAACGUUUUCGUUUCCGCCUCCGAGGAGCUCAAUAUCAAAGCAUGGCUGGGAAUCCGCAUGAUGGUCUUCAUGUGGAUCGCCUCGGCCUUCUCCUUGCUUGCCUUCAUCCUCCAAUUCGGCUCUUGCUGUGCUGCGUGCUGCGGUGGAAGGAAGGCUCGGAAAGCCAUGAAGAACAAAGACUCUGCUCGUCAAAUGAGAGAAAAGAAUCCUCCUUCUUCCUCUCCAUCUGAGAAUAGCGGACGAACGGCUAAUGCCUCGUAAAGAUUUUUUUCCCAUCAAUACCGCUUUGGGAGGCUUCUUGGAUUUUUGCACGCAUAACCUACAGCUUGUUGAAACAGACCAUCGACCUCGUCGAGAGGUUUUCUCUCAUUCCUAUACAUGCAUAGCGGGGUUUCAAUUCAUAGAUAUCCAAUAAAAGGGGGACCGGGAAGACAGUUUUGCAUCUGGAUAUUUACUCUACUCGCUCCUAGGGAUCUCUCCUCGAUUCAUCCUUAAGCGAGACGUCAGGCACAUUAUUAUUGUUAUUUAUACCUGCCAAGAAAAAAAGAAAAGACAAGCGAAGAAGCUCGACACUCUUUACGAAGUCAUGAAGCCUAGAUUAUUAUUUGC